CAUCUGAGCCAUUCACAGAAACAUUGUAUCUUUCAGUAUAUUUUUGAAACUUAAAAAAGAAAGCACAGUAGAAAGCUGAGGGAUUUUAGUUCCCUUCAGCCAAAAAAUGAUUCUUGUGAGGACCUGGGGAUGCUCAGUAUUCAAAGUACAUUGUAGAGAGAGAGAGAGUAGUAACUCUUAAGUACUAAUGCUUUCUGGUGAAAAGAACUGAAAGACUGGUGUAGUUUAAAUACCUGAAGUGAGAUCUACCAAAGCUGCAAAUGGCCAUGGAUGAAGAGAAAGAAGCAUCAAAAUCUGCUAAAGCUCCCCAGAAAACUCCUCUAGACACCAUGGUUUCUAGUGGGCUUACCAUCAAAAUAGCUUCAUCAACGACACCAACAACAAAAACUUGUAGCAGCCAAGAAACAGGUAAAGAGACCUUGCCUUCUCCAAACUUGAAGAACUCAAUUGAAUCCUCACCAUACAACUCUCCAUCUCUAGUCUCCCCACCUUCAUCAGCAUUUGUUUCAGCUCUUCAGUCUCCAUACAUUUCUCCAAGGGCCUUAACCCCAAAGCCCCAAGAAACCCAAGAGAGCUCAAACCCCACCACACAGCCUUCUCCACUGGUCUCAUUAUGCCGUGGUUCACAGUCAGAUGACAUACCAAGCAGUUCUUACACUCCACCGUCAGAUCAAUAUGAAUAUUCUGAUGAUGUUUCUGACCCUUUGAAGCUCAAGUUUGACUCUGCACCUCCACGCAUUUCUUUUUCCUUCCCUGUCCCUCGGAUUUCAUUUGCCAAAGGCCCUGUUUCCCCUGCUUCAAAUGCCAAGCUGAGGAGCUGUGAUGUGUACAUUGGGUUCCAUGGCCAAAAUCCAAGCUUGGUGCGCUUCUGCAAGUGGCUUAAAUCAGAGCUUGAGCUCCAGGGUAUUGCUUGUUUUGUUGCUGACAGGGCUAAGUACUCUGAUACUCAGAGCCAAGAGAUUGCUGACAGAGUCAUCUGCUCAGUGACAUAUGGGGUUGUGGUUGUUACUAGUUCUAGCUUUAUCAACCAUUUGAGCAUGGAGGAGGUUAGGUUCUUUGCCCAGAAGAAGAACCUCUUCCCAAUAUUCUUUGACACUGGGCCUGCUGAAAUCUUGGGUCUUCUCAACUACAGCUCAAUUGACAAAGAAUGUAAAGAAGCCAUUGAUGGGCUCAUGAAGUCCAAUGAGUUCAAGCUGGAAGCCAAUGAGGGUAACUGGAGGAACAUUGUAUCGAAAGCUGCCGGGGUUUUACGGGCAAAGCUUGGGAGGCAAAGCGUGUCUCAGACAGAUAUGGAAGGAGUUGAUGAGCUGCCUUUCCCAAGAAACAAGUUCUUUGUGGGAAGAGAGAAGGAGAUUAUGGAAAUUGAAACUGCUUUGUUUGGUUCUUCAGGGGACUACUUAGAGCAAGAAUGCUCUAUGACCAUCAUCAAAGGAGAAGCCAGUGGCCAUUCUGAAGGCGUAGCAGAUGACGAAAGCGAAGUGGUUACCACUAGAGGAGGGAGGUACAUUAAUUUAGAGAUGGGCAAGUGCAAAGAGCCCAAUUUAGAGGCUUGGAUUGAACCAGUGGUGGGAAGAAAUUCAUUCAAGAGGUCGAAGUACAAGAAGUCGAAAAGUGGGAAUUACAAGAGCUUGGGAAGCAGUGUGAUCUGCUUAAAUGGGGUUCCAGGCAUUGGAAAGACUGAACUUGCACUGGAAUUUGCUUACAGGUAUUGCCAAAGGUACAAGAUGGUCUUGUGGAUUGGUGGGGAAGCUAGAUAUUUUAGGCAGAACAUAUUGAAUCUGUCUCAGAAUUUGGGAUUGGAUGUGAGUGCUGAUGCUGAAAAAGAUAGGGGACGAAUUCGAAGCUUUGAGGAGCAGGAAUUUGAAGCAUUCAAGAGAGUCAAGAGGGAGUUGUUCCGGGACAUGCCUUAUUUGAUUGUGAUUGAUAAUCUUGAGACUGAGAGGGAGUGGUGGGAAGGGAAGGAUCUACAUGACUUGAUCCCAAGGAACACAGGAGGGUCUCAUGUGAUCAUCACAACUAGGCUGUCCAAGGUAAUGAAUUUUGAUGCAAUGCAGCUUCCACCGUUGCCGGUUUCAGAUGCAAUGAUUUUGAUCAGAGGAAGAAAAAAGAAAGAUUACUCAGCUGAGGAGUUGGAAAUUCUGAUGAAAUUUGAUGAGAAAUUAGGAAGGCUGAGCUUUGGUUUGUGGCUGAUUGGGUCACUGCUUUCUGAACUAGCUAUUGCCCCCUCUGCUCUCUUUGAAGCUAUCAGCCAAAUGCAACUUGACGAAGGCUCUCCUUGUCCGUUCAUAAGCAUCACUGAAGAGCAGUAUUACAAGAACAACUCUUUCCUAAUGAAAGUCAUAUCGUUUUGCUUCGCCGUCUUACAGCAAUCUAGUGGGAUCAUCAACCUUCUUGCCUCAAGAAUGCUUCUUGUUGGUGCCUGGUUUGCCCCAACACCUAUUUCCUUGACUCUUCUGACUACCGCAGCUAACAAUAUGCCCGCCACUAAAAGCCGGCUCAGGAAAUGGACGAAUUGCAUUAGUGUCACAUUUGGCUCCUGCUCUAGUUGCUUUGCACCACAAGCAUGGAAGAGUGCUGAAGAAGACUCAGCCCAUCUUCUUGUUAAACUAGGACUAGCGCGAACAGCGAAAAAACCAUUCGGAUGUUGGAUCCAGUUCCAUCCCAUAACGCAGGUAUAUACAAAGAGAAAAGAAGGUUUAGUAGCUGCCAAGGCAACAGUUCAGGGCAUAAGGAAAAUUGGCAAUCCAUUGGUAAACUUAGACCACCUGUGGGCUACUGCAUUCCUUGUUUUCGGGUUCAAAUCAGAGCCUCCUCUCGUGCAGUUAAAGGCGAUCGACAUGGUUUUAUACAUAAAAAAGACAGCCCUCCCUCUUGCAAUUAGGGCCUUCACAACCUUCUCCAGAUGCAACUCAGCAUUGGAACUUUUAAAGGUUUGCACAAAUGUACUUGAGGAAGUAGAGAAGUCCUUUGUCUCUCAAAUACAAGACUGGUGCCACGGAUCUCUCUGUUGGAAGAACAAGUUGCAAAGCAACCAAAGGGUGGAUGAAUACGUGUGGCAAGACGUGACAUUGUUGAAGGCGACAUUACUGGAGACCAGGGCGAAAUUGCUGCUUCGGGGCGGGCAUUUCGACAGCGGUGAAGAGCUGUGCAGAACUUGUAUUAGUAUCAGAACAGUUAUGCUGGGUCACAACCAUGCUCAAACCUUGGCAGCUCAAGAAACUUUGGCAAAGUUAGUAAGAAUGAGGAGCAAAAUAUAAUGGGAAAUCCUCAUGUUUGAAACCAACAAUCCUUUUGUUCUAAGGAACUCAGUUUUGUUAACACUUGUAAUCAAUCUAGUUAGUUGUAAUAUCAGCAAUUUAGAUCAUAUAUUUUCCACUACUGCUAUUUGCUUACCAAUAUUGCACCAGAA